AUGCAUCCAAUCCGGAUCCACUCCCCUCGUGCGAGUUUUCGCCUGUGUUUGCUCCGAAUUCGCGCCUCUCGUCUUCUCCCCAGGUUAAGACUCGGCUACGAACAUCCCUGUUCGCCAGGCGCUAAGAAACUGGUUAAGGCGAAUCCCUUGAAACAUUCAGGGCUUUUAAAACAGAAGGAAAUAUUCGUUGGGAAUCUCCCGCUGGAUAUCAAAGAGGAAGAAAUUGCCUUCUUAUUCAAGGAUUUUGGGAUCAAAUCUUUGAGGAAAAACAGUAAUUCUUUUAAAAGUUUUGCAUUUUUGGAGUUGAUGUCCCCGGAAGCCGCAAAAUUAGCAGUCCAGCUUUUGAAUGGAUACCUCAUAAAAGGCCGACAGAUGUCCGUCGCGUUUAUGGAAAACAGGAAAGAUCACGAAGUUUUGAAAACCAGCACUCAGAUGCCGGAUUUGGAGGUGAUCCCUGCCAGACAAUGUGGAGUUACUAACGGUGCCACCCACAUCUCCCCUGUAAACCAGAGACCCUGCUAUGCUGUCCCCAUGGAAAUGAGAAGUUCGUUUCUGUUCCACGUGCUGAAUGGCUGCUUUGGAGACGCCAAGUGGCUCCGUUCCGUGGUCAGCUUGACGGGGGACGUGGGACUUCUGGUGACCGACACGUUUCCGCUGAUGCCCUACUUCUGGGCCAUCGUCCUUAACGAGGAAUGCUACAAAUCCAUGGAGAAGCUCUUCAAGGCUUUGGCUGAGGCCGAGUCGACCUUGCCCUUUCUGGCCAAACAGGAGGUGCGGAGGGGCACCCGGUGCCUGGCCCAGUGCGACAUCGGGAACGAGGGGAGCGCCUGGAACAGGGGCUGGGUGCUGGACCCCCUGGGCGACCUGGCCGUGGUCUUCUUUGUGGACUUCGGCCGCUGCGCCAGCCUCCCCUUGAACUCGCUACGGAAGCUGGACGCGGAGCAGUUCUGGGAAGUUCGCCCUUUGGCUCAGCCCUUCAUGCUGGAGGAAGGAGUUUUCCCCCCGCAAGUCAUCCGAAGGCAAAUCCUAGAAGGAACAGUGAAAGGACCUUCUCAAUGGGAGCCACACAUUUUAAAGUUUUGUCAUCAAAACAGACUACGAAGUUGUGGAGUUGUGAAGCCCCCUCCUCUCCCCCCGCAAGCUUGAAGUACAUCAAAUUUUCUUGUGGGGAAAAAGUUGCGAAAAAUUAAGAGUUUUUGUUGAGGAUGUUUAAAAGUUGCUUUAAAUUUUUUUUGGGAGGGGGAUAUUUGGUAGCUUCGCUGGGGCCUUCUAACUUUGUGUUUGAAAAGGAAGAAAAAAUGUUGUUUUUCCUAAUGCAUUUUAUGUCUUGGAAUUGUGCAGGAUGUAUAAGCAGAGGGGGUGGGGGUGGAAUUACACAAAUCUUUAUUUUGGCUGAGUCGUUCGGUUGCAACCUUAUUGCACUUAAUGGAUUAAAAUGCUAACUGGACCCAGAAAUUGGCUCUUCCUUUUCCUUGCAUUAUAAAAAUAUGCUUUUCAGCUCUUAACUCCGGCAGACGCAAUCAGACUAAAUUAAAAGCAAAAUAAAACUGUUUUUUAAAAAACAUUUUGCUGUUUUCUCCUACGGCAAAUGGGGGUUAUUUUAGGAGGCUCAGUUCUUACUUGGAAAAAAACACUGAACGCAUUUUUUACUCUGCUCCGAGGCCCGAUUAAUUUUUAAUUCUGAUAUAUAUGCUAUCAAGAGUAUUUUGAAUCUUAUUAAAAAAGAAAAUUGCACUCAUCUGAGCAGACUAGGCUAACUUCAGAUCUGGAAUAGGUGCGAAAUGCAGAAUGCUAGAGAAGAAUCAAUCAAUCUUAUUUUGCUGUCUUUGGAAAUAGCUAGAUUUGGGGGGGGGGGGUUGGUUAAG